AUGGAUGCGCCGAUGCGGGUUGGUCCAAGGGCCUUCAACGACUCCGAGGACGACGAGGAUUCCUGGUCCCUGGACCAUGAGAUCAACGACGCCCAUACCAACUGGGUCCGCGACGUGGCCUUCUCCCAGCGGCUGAUCCCCACCGCCUCCGGGUCCGACGCCCUGAGCCUGGUCCUGGCGUCCUGCUCGCAGGACCGCACCGUGGUCAUCCACUCGCGCCCGGUGGCGUCGCUCGCCGCGGCGGCCGGCGCCACCCCGGUGGCCACCUGGACCAACGUCCGCCUCCCGGGGCCGCGCGCGACCGCCACCGCGGACGCCACCGACGCCACCCCCCCCAAGGAGGGCCUCUGGCCGGCGGCCGUCUGGCGCGUCAGCUGGAGCCCCUCCGGCGUGAUCCUGGCCGUGUCCGACGCCACCGGCGGGGUCACCCUCUGGAGCCCGACCGCCGGGGAGUCCUCCAUCGCUGGUCUCGUGUGGGAGGAGAUCGCCCAGUAG